UUUGUCGUCGCGCACUGUCUGUCACCACAUCGCGAACCAGCAGCAGCGCAAGCAGCAGACGACCAGAAAUUUUCUUCUAAAUCGUGAAAAAGUAUUGCUAAAAACGCAAACUUCCGUCACCUGAGUGUAGUCGCGGGACGGCCACAAUGGCUUCGCUAAUUCUGGUAAACGGUGCCCAGCUGGCCAAGCAGCAAACCGGGGCCCUGGGGAUCAUCUGCCUGAAGGCUAACUACAGCUCGGAUGCCCCCCGUAAGCUCCGGACUACGAAUCCUGCCGAGAUGAAGCGCGGCACCGGUGGUCGGUCGAGUUUCAACGGUGUUGUGGCUACUGUUUUCGGAGCCACCGGAUUCUUGGGUCGCUACGUGUGCAACAAGCUGGGAAAGACGGGCUCUCAGCUGAUUAUUCCCUAUCGGGCUGAUCACUACGAGGCCUUGCGGCUGAAACUGGUCGGGGAUCUGGGCCAGGUCCUGUUUACUCCUUAUCAUCUGUGCGACGAGGAGUCCAUCUACAAGGCUGUGAAGCAUUCGAACGUCGUUAUCAAUAUGGUUGGUCGCGACUGGGAAACGAAGAACUUCACUUUCGAUGAUGUUCACGUCCAGGGUGCGAGGAGAUUGGCCCGUAUCUCCAAGCAGGCUGGAGUAGAGAAGUUCAUCCAUCUGUCGAGCUUGAACUGUACUCCGAACCCGACGCCGAUCCUGACCAAGGAGGGCAGCAAGUUCCUCAAGAGCAAGUACUACGGCGAGUUGGCGGUCCGCGAGGAAUUCCCCGAGGCCGUCAUCUUCCGUCCGGCGGACGUCUACGGACAAGAAGAUCGCUUCCUGCGCUACUACGCCCAUCUGUGGCGCCGUCAGUUCCGUGGAAUGCCACUGUGGUACAAGGGCGAGAGGACCGUCAAGCAGCCGGUUCACUGUUCGGACGUAGCUCAGGGUAUCGUCAACGCCAUCAAGGAUUCCGACAGCCAGGGUCAAGUGUACCAGGCAGUGGGCCCACGUCGCUACAAGUUGUCUGAGUUGGUCGACUGGUUCCACAGGGAGAUGCGCAAGGAUGCCGACUGGUGGGGCUACUGGCGCUACGAUCUGCGCUUCGAUCCGACGUUCAUGAUUAAGGUGAAGCUGACCGAGUUCGUCAGUCCGUCGUUCCCGGUGGGGGAUUUGCACACGGAGCGCGUCGAGCGGGAGUACGUGACCGACGAUGUGAAGAAGGGUGUUCCCACGCUGGAGGAUUUGGGUGUCAACCUGACGCUGAUGGAGGAUCAGGUCCCAUGGGAACUGAGACCGUUCCGCGCCGCCCUGUAUUACGACGCCGAGUUGGGCGAAUUCGAAAAACCAACUCCGCCACAGUUCAUCCAAUAGAUCGCGUAGUGAAGAAUGCACCAAUGGCAACCAACAACCAGCCAGCAAUGGUGCUAGUGGUUGCAAUUUACAGUUUUUCUGAUUCGGUUAAGAAAUUAUGUAAACUUUCGAAAUCAUGUUAAUGUAAUAAAAAAAAGCUCCUUAACUAAUAC